CAGUUGUAUUGUUAGCUGAGAUCGUGGGGGUGCAACAGGAGCUAGGUUUAUCUGAGAAGCAUUAAUGCUCUUGUUGUUGUUGUUGAAGUCAAUAAGUAAGUUAUGGAUCCAUAUAUAUAAACACGUUGGAUGUUUGCCAAGCGAGCCAGCAGCCAACACGUCAUCUGCAGACCUGUAACGGACUGCUGUUCUAGAAGGCAUGAGUAACCAGGGAACCGAACCAACCGGCCUGACGUUUAAGAGGCUAAAUCUGAGCAAUCGCACUGCAAACAAUAAUAAUAAUCUUGAGGUGGAUUAUUAACAUGCAAAAGGGCUCAUUGGUGACAGAGCAGUGUGUGUGUGUGUUCAGACUGGUAACAGUUGUUUGUUUGUUAGUUAAUUGAUUUCAUCGUGUCAAUCUGAACCCACCAAAGGACUGAGAAACGAAUUCCAGUGAGCACCAAGGAGCAUUUUCAGUGAUUUGAUGACCAUGAGACGGAGCCCAAGGAGACCCCUGAUCCUCAGAAGAAGAAAGUUGCCGUUUCAGCAAAAUGAUCCGCCUGCAGCUGAAUCCCAAAGCCAAGCCGAAGCGCCGGGCUUCAAAGAGCCAUCGAAAUCGGUCGCCAGCCAGUGCUUCCCCGAUGGCAUCCGCAUCAUGGAUCACCCCUCCAUGUCUGACACACAGGUGGUUGUCAUCCCCAAAACGGCAGACCUUCAGAGUGUUAUUGGGGCCCUCACUGCCAAAGGCAAAGAGUGUGGCGUUCAGGGGCCAAACAAGUUCAUCCUCUUGAGUGGGAACGGCAGCCGUGACAAUGGGUCCUUUUGUCAGCCUGCCGCUGAAGGGGAUGACGUCACUGCAGUUGGACAGCCAGUGAAAGAAGAAUCGGUGGACAGCUCCCCAGAUGCUAAACCUCUCACUGGAAUUAAAGCAUUGAAUAAGGAGUUGGAGUGUGGUCCUUUGGAUGACAGCCUCACCAAUAUUCAGUGGCUGGGCAAAAUGAACACAUGCACCUUCGAAACAGAUGCUGCAAAGCAGAUGGCCGACAAGGAGAAUGUGAACUCCGAUUCGCAGGCGCAAAGUGCACUAAUCGAUGCAGAGGCCGUUCAGCAACCCAUGUCAGAGAGGCCGCCGUACUCCUACAUGGCCAUGAUCCAGUUUGCUAUCAACAGCCGGAAGAGCAGGAGGAUGACACUGAAGGAGAUUUACAUGUGGAUCGAGGACCACUUCCCUUACUUCAGAGAGGUGGCCAAACCAGGAUGGAAGAAUUCCAUCCGCCAUAAUCUUUCUCUACACGACAUGUUCAUCCGUGAGACGUCUCCAGACGGCAAAAUUUCUUUCUGGACCAUCCGCCCUGAGGCCAACCGAUGCCUCACUCUUGAUCAGGUGUACAAGCCUGGCUGUGACCCAAUGACUGCUCCUGUUCCGGUGCCGCAACUUUUAUUUCCCAACCAACAACAAAAGAGGAUGCUUCCUGAUUCGAGAAAAACGCCAACUAGCUCUGAGAGAAGGAUGAAACCUCUCCUCCCUCGAACCGACUCCUACUUGGUUCCCAUCCAGCUCCCCGUCACCUCCUCCGUCUUCCUGCCGUCCUCACUGGCCCAGUUUCCCCCGUCUUGCUCGCAGCAGAAACGGAACACUUCGCGAGGAGCCAAGAGAGUUCGGAUAGCCCCUAAGGUGACACAGAGUGACGUCCCAGCUGUGGUGGUGUUUCCCCAGAAGGACAAUAACGUCACGGUGAAGGAGGAGCAGGAAUGUGUCCCGAUUAAAUGCGAGACUCCCAAAGCUCCUCCGACGAGACAAGCCAGCAGCUCGCGACGCAAACAGCGCCUGGUUCACUCCGUUAACGAGGAGCCCGUCCUCCUCUGCCCCGAUAAUACCUUCUUCGACUCCGGCGUAGUCUCCGAUGCUUCAACCUUCCAGGAAAUGCGAGACACCGAGCUGGACGAGCACCAGCAGGAGCAGCGCAGCCCCGAUCGGGACUUCUCCUUCAAGACGCCCAUAAAGAGCAACAACCACCUGACCUCCUCCACCCCCAGCAAGCCUCCCUCUCACGUUGUACCCGAGCCCUGGAAGGUGACCCCCGUGGGCAAAGGGAGCCAGAGCGUCCUGGACUUCAGCCCCAUCCGCACGCCCGGCGGCCCCGCGGUCACGCCGCGCCACGACUACACCACCUUCAGCUUCAACAGCACCCCCUUUAAAGACUGGCCUCUGUUCAGCUCCCCGAGAGAGCUGCUCACGUCGGCCCCCGCCAGAGCGACGGGGCCGACGGACUCUCCCAUCGAAUGCCUCAGAAGCAGCUGCUCCAGGGAGCUGCUUCAGGCAGGAGGAGCCGCCGCGACGCCCGCCAACCGCUCCAUCACGGAGGGCCUGGUCCUGGACACGAUGAACGACAGCCUGAGCAAGAUACUGGUGGACAUUAGCUUCUCUGGUCUGGAUGAUGAGGACCUGGGUAUGGCCAAUCUCAGCUGGUCCGAAUUCCUCCCUCAGUUUAAGUAGCAGGAGGGACGAAACGCAACACAUUUCAGUCACAUCAAUGUUUCAUCUGUUUUCCAAAACACUAUAGGAGAAGAUGGGAAUAAUGACAGGGACACUUUUAUUUGAUAGAUGUUCCUCUCCACCUCUGGCUUUUUCAUUGGUUCCAUCACUCGUCAACUGCUUCUUUUGUCUUAUUCUCUUAUUUCUAUCCGUAAAGCUAUUCGCUGGUCCUGGUUUCUUUGAUCCCUUUUGUCAUAUCUGUCCUUGCUCUUGAAGGAGAAAUAUAUGCGUUCGUAUGUGUGUAUGUACACAUACACCGAUGUAUGUUCGAUUUGCACAUUUUUAAUAUAUAAUUUAGCUUUUGCGUUUGUGAAUGAAAAAGACAAUAUAUUACCAGCGAGAUGCUUCCGUAGCCGUUUUGGUGAAGGCGGCCUCCUGGAAUCGACUUUUUUUAGAUUGUGAGAUUGUUAGCAAUAAACAAUGGCAAAGUAAUACAAAUAGCACUAACAGCAACGGGGUUGUCUCUGUGCGUCACUCGUAGGACUGUCUUCACCUCUUGACUUUAUAAAUCCUGAUUGUUCAUUAUUUUUCCAUCAGUAGGCACUGUGCACCUGCAGACAGGGACACUUUGCAUGCAGUUACUCCUCAUGUCAACACCACAAUUGAAGGUAUUCUUUGGGGGGAAAAAAAUACUGAAUAUUUGGUGUCUAUCUAGCAGAUUUUAUACGUUUUCAGUAAAGAUGCAAAUGUAUUUUUCUGUAAGCACAAAAAGGAUGUAGGGAAAAGCUUCUUUUUUUUGUUGCAGCACCAUCUUUGGCGGGCAGAAUGGGAGAUAUUCCUGUUUUGAGAAAGGCCACAAAAUAAUGUAUGGCUUUAAUCAUUCCUUUUGGUUUGUUAGCAUGCGUGUUUGUAUGGGAGAGGUUUUGCAUUGCAGUGGAGUUGAUCUCGUCACAGUCGGCGCUGAUUGGCAUUCAAGAGUGAAAUGUUGUGGUUUCGAACAGUUUUCAAAGCGUGUGCCUUGUUCUGUUUUCUGAAGUUGGUGUUUCUAGGACUGUAUAAUAAAUGUGCUGGUGUCGGUGCCUCGGAGAGCAUGAAGGUUUGACUCGCUCUGCUCACAUUUAAAAAAAAAAUGUAAAUAAAAAGGGUUUAGACAACUUCACACAAACUGCAGUACAGUGAUGUGGAAUUCCCUGUACCUGUUUUUAUUUAUAUUUGAAUAAAGGUUGAAACCAA